CUUUCUUAGUUUGGCGGUUAAACUGGUGUUAUUCAUCGAGUUAAACUUGUUAUUAUCACCACAACUCUACUUUGUCUGUCUGCCUUUUCAAUCCGGCUCUCUCUUUCCCUCUGUUUUUCUCUCUUCUUCUGAAACAGUCUAUUGUAUUUAAUUAUAUUAAAAUUAUUAACUGAACUUAUAUAUUGGUGACACAAAUCUAUACUUAUUUUAUUUUUUGGUAAUCGGUGUAAUUAAAUUGUAAAAUCAUGGCUGAAAAUGGAGAACAAGAAGCUCUUAACCAAAUGAUCCAAGGUAAAAGACACCUUCUCAUAAAGGAUUACUAUUCAGCUGCCCAAAGCUUUGAAAAGGUUUGCCAAUUAUUGGAUACCAAGUAUGGUAAAUGUUCUGAUCAGUGUGGUGAUGCUUACCUUAAUUAUGGAAUUGCGUUACUUGAAUUGGCAAGACAAGAAACUGGAGCCAAUGAAGGCCUUGUCAACGCUAAAAUAAAUGACCCUUCUGGUUCAGAAGAUGAAGAUGAAGAGGAAGGUGAUGGUGAUGGUGAAGAAGAAGGAGACGAAGAAGGGAAUGAAGAAGAUGAAGAAGCAAAUGAAGGAAAAACCGAUGAUGAAGGUAAAAAAACUGACGUUGAAGAAGACUUGGCUGUUUCAGACCAAGAACAGACCAAAGAAGAUGAAAAGACUUCUGAAGAUCAGGUUAAAAAGACCGAACCUUCAGAAUCUAACAACGUAACCGUAAAUGGUAAAGAUCCAGAGGCUGUCAUUACGAAAGAAGCUGGUGAUGAAAAUGGUGAGAGUACUGAAAUUAAAAAAGAUCCAAUAAAUGAACCAUGUGGCUCUUCUGCUGGCCCUCCUGAUGAUUUAAAUGAACCUAGUACAUCAACUGGUAUUAAAAGAUCUGAUGACGACGAUGAUGGGGAACCAACAAAUACAGAAAUUGCAUGGGAAGUGUUGUCCAUUGCUAAAGAAAUAUUUACUAGACAGUUGAGUAAUGGCGAAGAUGUCAAAUAUAAACUGGCAGAGGCUUUACAAAAACUCGGUGAGAUUGCCACAGAAUGGGAAAACAAUGAAUUAGCCAUUGAUUUGUUAACACAAUGUUUAAAUCUAAGGGAACAAUCUCUUCCUGAGGAUGAUAGACUGAUCGCUGAAACUCAUUAUCAUAUUGGAAAUGCUCAUUCCUUCAUAUCUCAAAUCGAAAAAGCUAAUGAAUGUUUCCAAAAAGCUAUUGAUGUCAUUAAGAAAAGAAUUGACAACAAAAAGCGAUCUUUAGAAGAUGAAAAAAUUGACCAAGAGACGACAUUCAACAUUAAAGAAGAAAUCCAAGAGCUAGAAGACUUACUACCUGAGAUGGUGGCUCGAAUUGAAGAUCGUGCCGAUCAAAUGAUGGCUACAAUUAAAGAUGCUUUAAAAUUAGCUGCUAACGAUAAAGAGGAAGAGGAAAGAGCCGCUAAACUUAAAGCUAUGGAGCCUAAACCGGUCAACAAUAUCAGUCAUCUAGUUAAACGAAAGCGUGUUGACAAUGUUGAAUCAAAUGGUACAACAGGUGGAACCAAGAAAUUGUGUACAAAUGAACAUCAAGCAAAAGAGGUUGAAAAAACUGACGUUUCUUAGAUUAAAGCUUAAAUAAUCAUUCUGAAUAUUAUUAUCCAACAAAAUUGUACUUCACUUUUAAAUUCAAAUUUCACUCAAACGAUUUGAACGAAAAUAUGUGCACAAAUUUUCAUUAAGCUCUAUAUGUAAAGAACUAAAACAAAUGUCGUUUCUUAAUUAAAAUUUACGCAUAUCAAA